AUGGCCGCUGAUCAGUGGAAAACUGCGUUCCUGCAAGUCUGCCUCCACAGUGAUUUCCAGCCGCUGACGGAGCUCCUAUCGCAAGAUCACGAGAGCAGUGGCAUCAAUGAAGCCAGCAUCGACUGGGAGGGCGUCUUCCUGACGCCAUUGUUCGUCGCCUCCCUGCUGCGGCUUGAGGAUCAGUUGCCGCAGCUGGUGGCAGCGGGUGCUGAUCCCAACGUACAAUGCUUCUAUGCAGGCCUCUUCUGCUCGCCACUUCACGGCGCUGCGCUGCGUGGCGAUGCCGCGGUGGUGGAGGCGCUCUUAGCAGCCGGAGGCGAUCUUUUCGCAGAGGCCGAGGCCUCAGCAGUGGAUGGCGAAGGAGAGACGCUGGCGCACACUUUGAUGGGCCUCCACGCGCUUCAUGUUUUGGUGGCCAAGGACAUCUACAGCGAGGAGGUCUACCGGCUUCUGAUGCGAAGAGGGCUUCGACUCAGCUCCUGCUGCCUCCAAAGACGAGGUGGUGAAAUUCCUGGAUUACUGCUUCCAAGGCUGCUGGGCAACCAACACGCCACGGAGGAGCGCUUGGACAUGCUCCUGAGGGAAGAGGUUCAGCUGAUCAUUCGCUCGGCUGGCCUAGCUCACGAACUCAACGAGUUCCUGGAGGUUGUAUCCGCUCUGCGGCGCGACCAUGACGUAGCAUAUCGAUGUGCCAGCGACAUUGACUUCCCGAUCGCCGAUCCCGAUCCAGAAAGCUCACAGAGCUCAGGACGGAACGAGGAGCCCCCUACGGCGCUGCUUUUUGCUGCCCAGGCGGGCCGUUGCGAAGCAGUUCGGCUUCUGCUCUACGCCGGUGCCGAUGCUACCCGGAGCAUGCGACGAGUGCUGGCCAUGGACGACAGGCGAAUGAUGGUGCUGCAGGCCCAAGCGGUACAACUGGCCGUGCUGCGCAGCGACUUGGUCAUGGUCGAGCAGCUGCUCUUCUUCGACAUCAGCCCCGAUCUCACAUGUUCCGCUAAAGUCUUCGACUCGGGCGACGAUGCCGACCAAGAGCCCUGCGAGGAGUGGACUGGAUUGAGCUUGCUACACCUCGUCGUCCUGAGCCGGAGCUUCGCACCUUGGCUCUUCGGGAUUUAG